UUGCCAGUCUACAAAUAACAGCAUCUGCAAAGAAAUUUCAGUCGAAGCGGGACAAGGCAAGAAGAAGUAUCUACGAAAGGUUUUGCAUGAUAGCAUUCACAAAGUCGUCCUUAUAAGCGUAAACAUGCACUUCAAAAGCUUGAUCAUCUUUUUGGCAUUCUCCAUAACCCUGGCAUUUGCAGGAUGGAAACAAGUUACUCCAAGAAUUUGCGUUGGUGCCAGGAACAAUCAUUUUCGGUCGAUUACAUUGAGGGGAAAUUCAUUCGUCAUUGCAAUGAAAUUGACACAUCUUAGUGGUAAAAUUGGAUGUCGUUCGGGUUCCAGAACGAACUGGGGUUGUAGAUAUGGUGAUAACAGAAGAACACUCAACAUGAUUGUCACAGACAAUAGAAAUAAACGCAUUUUCCCCUCACCUCUUUUGGUUAAACCUGUCAGAGGUAACUGGUACGAAAUGCCUGGAUACAACGAGAAUUCCGGUUUACUCGUCUUCGCUCUUCCUGGUUAUCAAUAUAUGUAUCAUGGUCAGGUAUUUAGGUUCUGGUACGGAGAAGAUCUUUCAGGUCAUACCGAAAGCGACAAUCAUGGACACACUUGUAUGAAAGUGGAAGUUUUUACUAAAUAGGGCUUUGGAUUAUUUUUCUUCUGAAUUUUUCAUUUUCUAGUGAUGACUUUGUAAUAAAUUCAUUAGCAUUUAAAAAGACGAAAAUAAAUUUCUUUUAUUUUUUCUGA